GUUACAGAUACCUGCGUUUGGAUGGAACCACAAAGUCUGAGGAUCGUGGACAGCUGUUGGAACUCUUUAACCAAAAGGACUCCCCUUACUUUGUGUUCCUUCUCAGUACUAGAGCUGGAGGAUUGGGUCUCAAUCUCCAGGCUGCAGACACUGUCAUUAUUUAUGAUUCAGAUUGGAACCCCCAUCAGGAUCUUCAAGCCCAGGACAGAGCCCACAGAAUUGGUCAAAAGAAUGAGGUCCGGGUGCUGCGUCUGAUGACCGUGAACUCUGUGGAGGAGAAGAUCUUGGCUGCUGCCCGCUACAAACUGAACGUAGACGAGAAGGUGAUCCAGGCGGGUAUGUUUGACCAGAAGUCCAGGGGAUACGAGCGACAGCAGUUGUUACAGUCCAUUCUGGAGCAGGAAAAUGAGGAAGUGGAGGAAGAGGAUGAGGUUCCUGAUGAUGAGACUAUCAAUCAGAUGUUGGCAAGAACCGAGGAAGAAUUUGAUGUCUACCAGAAAAUGGACAUUGAGAGAAGAAGAGAGGAGGCCAGAAAUCCGAAUAGGAAGCCCAGACUGAUGGAGGAAGAUGAACUACCAACUUGGAUUCUUAAGGAUGAAAAAGAGGUGGAGAGGUUGACCUAUGAAGAAGAGGAAGAUAAGUUAUUUGGAAGAGGAUCAAGACAGAGAAAGGAAGUGGAUUAUUCUGACUCUCUCACAGAAAAACAGUGGAUCAAGGCCAUUGAAGAAGGUAAUUUGGAUGAGGUAGAACAGGUGAAGCAAAAGGUCAAGAAACCUAGAAAGAGGAAGGCUGACAAGGAAGAGGAAGUUAAACCAAAGAAGAGGCGAGGCCGUCCUCCAGUGGAGAAGUUACCCCCCAACCCACGCAAACUGACUUCUAUAAUGAAGAAAAUUCUGGAUGUCGUCUUGAACUACAAAGAUAGGGAUGACAGAGUUCUGAGUGAAGCCUUCUUCCAGUUGCCAUCAAAGAAAGACUUACCAGAGUAUUAUGAGAUCAUAGCAAAGCCUGUUGAUUUCAAGAAAAUCAAACAAAGAAUCCGGGAUCACAGAUACCGAAGUGUGGACGAUCUAGAGGCUGAUGUCAUGCUACUGUGUGAGAAUGCACAGUCUUAUAACAUUGAAGGAUCCCUGAUUUAUGAGGACUCCAUAGUUCUAAAGUCGGUGUUUACGAGUGCUAGGGAAAGAUUGGAGAAGGAAGGGGUGACCUACUCAGAUGAUAACAGCAGCAGUAAUGAGGAAGAAGAGGGGGAGGAGGAGGAAGGAAAAGAAGAGGAGGAAGAAGAAGAGGAGGAUGAGGAAGGACAUUCCUCUAGCAAGAAACACAAGAGAGAUAGGAGCAAAAAGAAGAAGGAAAAGGCAGAAAGUUCUAAAAAGAGAAAGUCAAGGGCUAAGGCCAAGCCUGUGAUCAGUGAUGAAGAUGAUGAAACGGAUGAGGACUUUGAAUGAGUGAAGGUGAAUGACCCAUCAUCAGCAAGAAGAUAGUGAACACCCAGCUUCUGAAUUGUUAUGGAUUCAUUUGGUAUAUAGUGCAGACAGGCAGAACUUUGUUUUCAAAAAAAAAAUAUUGUACAGUUGUGUUCAGUGUAAUCAAAUGCCAUUAAUGUAGUGAUAGUUGUUAUUGAUUCAGUGCAAUGAUUCUGUAAAUAAAGUGUAGUGUAUACAAA